AUGACUUUCACGGCGGAAGACGUGCAACGGAUCGUGUCCACAGCAGUAAGGGAAGCUCUCCUCGUACUGGCCCCUAAACAAACGGCGAGCACCUCAGGGUACACCAUCAUGGACCAUCUCAACAGUAGAAUCCCUAAAUUUACCUUCAAGCCGGAAAACGGACACACGUUCGAGAAAUGGUACGCAAGAUACGCGCCAAUACUCGAAUCAGAUGGAGGCGCUCUGGCCAUGAAAGAUAAUGAUAGGAAUUUCCAACAGAGAGAGAAUGAGAUUCGCAUCGAUAGAGGCAUAAAGGAUUUGAAGUUCCUUGAGGCUGUUGCUAUCGGACUUCCCCUGCAGUAUCAACUGAUUUGGAGAACCAAUGGCACAAUCGACACGCAUCGGGACCACCUGAGUGACGAGACCAAGGACCACCUUUCCCAUGAACCGGGACCGCUUUUCACCUGUGUAAUCGACGGAAACGUUGUGGAGAGCUGGAUUCUGAGGCUUCCUGACUUGAUUGGAGACUUCAGCCCGAGAGACAUUUUCAACAUGGAUGGCUUGUUUUCCCGCUCUUUACCCAAUAAAUCACUUGUGGAAAAAGGCAGGGCCUGCCGCGGCGGCAAAGUCGCCAAAGAGAGGCUCUCGAUCGCCCUCUGCUGUCGACCUGCCGGAGAGAAAUUUCCACCGUUGGUCAUAUGGAAAUAUCUCAAUCCGCGUUGCUUCAAAGGACAGGGCAUAAAGCGGAGCGGUAUUUUUUUGGAGGCAAACACGGAAGCGUGGAUGACCAGCAAGAUAUUCAAGACGUGGUUAUCGAAGUUCAACUCGUAUAUUGAGCGCCAAAACAGGAACGUUCUCCUCAUUCUGGACAACGCGCCUUGUCAUGCGCAACGUUCCAUGAGCAACGUGAAGCUCUUGUUCCUGCCGCCGAACGUAACAAGUGAGCUUCAACCACUGGAUCAAGGGGUCAUUCAAUCCUCCAGGAUUCAUUAUAGGAAAUUGUUGCUGGGCUGGUUGGUCAGCAGAAUGGAUGAGUGUGAUGGUGCCACGGAGCUCCCGAAAAAAAUAAACGUCCUCGGGGCCGUCCGAUGGGUCAGCCGAGCAUGGUCAAACGUUCGGGAGGAGACGAUCGCCGGAUGUUUCAGUCGCUGUGGUAUACCGUGUCGAGGGAUCGUCGCAAUGACAGAAGCCGCGGUGGACGACGAUGCCGACGUUCUUCAACUGAGUGAACAAGCCGGCCUAUCAGAACCUUUUUUCGUAGAAGAGAUCGAGUGUUUUGGAACCGAUUAUCCCUGCCCGGGAGUCGAGUCCUUAGAUCCACCGGAAGCUGAUGUUUAG